AUGCAAACGUCCAAAUCACUUAUGCAAACGUCAAAAAAGGCUCUGCGCCAAGGAGUCUCCCAAACUCUUCGUGAUGUUCCCCAAUCCCAAGUGCAACUUCAAUCAGAGGCCGUCAUCCGACAUCUCUUCGCCUCGGAGAAUUUUAAACGUAGCAAGACAGUCAGCUGUUACCUUAGCAUGAAAGGGGAAAUCGAUACGAGUGAGAUUGUCCGCGAAAUCCUACGAGCAGGAAAGUCGCUUUUUGUUCCCAAGAUCGCCAACCGAAAAGAAAAUAGGAUGGACUUUCUCCAGGUAUACAGCCUAGAGGAUCUCGACUCGCUCCCGAGCGGAGUCUGGGGAAUCAAGGAACCAGACGCGGAAUUUGAAGGACGCAGGAGAGCGAAUGUAUUUGAUAGCAACAUUGAGCCCCUGGAUAUGAUUCUAGUACCAGGAGUCGCUUUCGAUACCAAAAUGUCUCGUCUUGGACAUGGAAAAGGAUACUAUGACUAUUUUAUAAACAAUUAUACGAGAACCAGACCUAAGCCUGUUUUAUUAGCGCUUUCUCUCCGAGAACAAAUUGUGCCUAUAGGAGAGAUACCUAUGGCGGAACACGAUCGGAGGAUGGACGCUAUUGUGACUCCCGACGGGUUGAUCCGUAAUAAAACCGAGGUGCACCGACAGGUUCCUGAAGUGGGUCGAAUAGCAGCGUAGAUAUGGACUCCGCAGAAGGUCAUGCUGCGAAUGGCCUUGUCCCUGAUAAUCCGUCGAGUUCAGCAGAGUCUCGCGUUGAAUUACCUGUUUUCUGUGUUAGUAUGUGGACUGCUCAACCGUCCAUCGAUCUGUUGUGGGUAUUAGAAAUACUAGUAUCUUAUUG